AUGGAGCGGAGCUUCUCGAGUGCCCCCAUCGAGUCCGUGUCCGUGCCCAUGUGGGUGGUGAAGGCUUCCACCCUGCUGCUCUUUGACACAAUGCCUUGCCACGAGGAGCUUGCGGAAAAAGGAUUGCUGGUCCGGCUCCAGGAAGGCAUGUUCUGCAUCUUCGUGUCCCACCAAUGGCUGGGUACCUUUCAUCCAGACCCAACGGGCGAGCAGCUGCGAGUGCUGCAGGAUGCCUUGCGGAACCUUAUGAGAGGUGAGCAGAUUGGGACGGACAUCACCUUAGAGUUCUGGCUGCAAAGCGUCCGACUCAGCGAAAUGCACCGAUCCAAACUCAAGGACGCCUACAUAUGGCUGGAUUGGCUCAGCAUUCCUCAGCAGGACGCAGAGCGUGGCAACCACAACUCAGCGGACGAGCUAGGGACCGCGCAGCGUUUCUGGCGUUUUGCGCGUACAGCCACGGUGCAGGAACCCCGCCCGGCGACCCCGACCUUGUCAACUCCUGCGCCGAGCUCAGCUGCCCGAAGCUACGCCAUGGACAAGAAGUUGCACCUCGUGGCCAUGGCAAGGAUUUUGAUCCCCAUCAGAUGGCAGACGUCCACCGAGAUUGCUCGCAAGCUCAGCGCGGCCUCCAUUCAAGCCUGGUAA